AUGUAUCGCCAAAUUGUGGUGCACCCAUCGGACCGAUGCUUUCAGCGCAUUCUGUGGCGCUUCAAUCCCGACGAACCCGUCCGAUCGUACGAACUCCGCACCGUCACCUACGGUCUCGCCCCGUCUUCAUUUUUGGCAACAAGAACUUUAUUGCAGUUGGUAGAAGAUGAAGGCCGUCAGUUCCCGAACGCCUCCGCUGCUGUGCGAAAAAGUAUGUAUGUGGAUGAUUUGAUUUCGGGCGCCAGCAGCGUCGAGGCCGCCGUCGCUCUCCGCACUGAGCUCGAUCAAUUAAUGCUUCGUGGUGGAUUUUGUUUCCGUAAGUGGUGCUCAAACUCUCUGAAAGUUCUCGCCGAUGUUCCAUCAGAGCUACUGGGCACACAAUCAUCGCUGAAGUUCGACCCUGAGGAGACGAUCAAAACUCUCAGCAUAUACUGGGAGCCCGAAGCCGAUAUUUUCCGAUUCGACGUCAACGUUUCCCCGAGUGAUCAACCCCCGACCAAGAGAAACAUUCUUUCAGCCAUCGCUAAAUUAUACGACCCGCUUGGUUUAAUAGCUCCCGUGGUGGUCGAAGCCAAGAUUCUGAUGCAGCAUAUCUGGUUGCUUGGCCUUGAUUGGGACGAAGAAGUUACCCCGGAGUUGCGCAUCAAAUGGACCGAUUUUUGCGAGCAGCUCCCCCAUCUGCUGGAAUUGCGAAUCGACCGAUUUGCUCUUGCCCACCAAUUCUGCGACGCCCAGCUGCAUUGCUUUGUCGACGCUUCAGAAGCAGCUUACGGGGCCUGCAUUUAUGCCCGCUCCAAAUCCCCCGAUGGCACAGUUCAAGUGCACCUCUUGGCGUCGAAAUCAAAAGUUGCCCCUCUCUCACCGAUUAGUAUACCACGGUUAGAGCUCUGCGCCGCUCUUCUCGGCUCCCGUCUUUAUACAAGAAUCAUUGCAUCGUUGGACGUUGAAUUUUCGUCGUGUUUUUUCUGGUCCGAUUCUAUGGUUGUGCUACAGUGGAUGAAAUCGCCGCCCCGAACGUGGAAAACUUUCGUAGCAAACCGUAUCGCCGAAAUUCAACAUUCCACCCAUGAUUCCCAAUGGCUGCACGUCGCUGGGAAGCAAAAUCCUGCAGACAUCGUUUCCCGAGGAGUAUCAGCAGAACAGCUGAUCCAUAGCGAACUAUGGAAACACGGUCCCGCUUGGCUUUCCGAUCCCAUAUCAACUUGGCCAAAACAAUCCCUACCCGCUGUGCUUCCCCCCGAAGAAAUCGAACAGAAAAAGACGACCAUUCUGAGUGCUGUGAUUGCGCCACCCAACAUGUUCGAUAAGUUUUCGUCGUAUCAAGAGCUGCUGCGCACAGUUGCUUACUGUUUGUGCUUUUUCAACAACGCCCAUCCCCGAAAGCAGCCCGUUCCCGAUUCUGUGCCCGCCGUGUGUGAGCUCCAACGAGCAAAGCUUUCUCUCACAAAGCUCGUUCAAGCUGACACUUUUCCCGAAGAACUUCAAGCGCUGAGAAAGGGGCAGCCAGUCCAAGCAAAAUCUCAACUUCGUUUGCUUUCACCCUUUCUCGAUUCCGAAGGCCUGAUUCGCGUUGGUGGCCGGCUGAGGCUUUCCGAUGCACCGUACGACAUCAAGCACCCCAUCGUCAUUCCUGGUUUCCAUCGCUUUACUAAAAUGUUGCUGGAAUUCCAUCACAGAAAACUCCUCCAUGGCGGCAUAAUGGCGACUUUGUCUGUGGUGCGAGACGAAUUCUGGCCGCUAAGCGGUCGGCGAGCUGUCAGAAGUGUGGUUCGAAGCUGUCUUCGCUGCUGUAGAGCCAAUCCCCAUCCUAUCCAGCAGCCCAUUGGCCAGCUUCCCGUUUCCCGAGUAACCGCAAAUGAAGCAUUCGCUUGUACGGGUGUUGAUUAUUGCGGCCCACUAUUUUUGAAGCCAACUCAUCGAAAAGGUCCAUCCCGCAAGUGCUACGUUGCAGUUUUCGUUUGUCUGAGUACAAAAGCCGUUCACUUAGAGCUAGUGAGUGACCUGACCACCAACGCGUUCCUGAUGGCACUGAACCGAUUUAUUGCGAGGAGGAACAAGCCGAAUCAUCUGUACUCAGACAACGGAACCAAUUUCAUCGGCGCCAAAAAUGCACUUCACCAACUGUACACAAUGCUGCAUUCUGAAACAGACUGCGAUCGAAUCUCCCGACACUUGGCUGAAGACAACAUCCAGUGGCACCUCAUCCCGCCCCGUGCUCCCAACUUCGGUGGCCUCUGGGAGGCCGCAGUUAAGGUCGCCAAAACCCAUCUCGUACGCCAGCUUGGGACCUCUCUUCUCAGCUAUGAGGAGCUGACCACUGUGUUGACCACCAUCGAAGGUUGUAUGAAUUCCCGCCCGCAGGCUUCGGAUUCAUUUGAGAGCAAACACCCACGGAGCUAA